GUGGUUAACGCUGCAUCACUGCUGUCACAGUGCCCUGCAGUCCUCCUGUAGAGUUACACCCUCAGCCGCUCCUGUCAGAAGAAGCAAAAUGUGUGGUAUAUGGGCGUUAUUUGGGAGCGAUGAGUGCCUGGCGAUUCAGUGCACCAACGCUAUGAAGAUCGCACAUCGAGGUCCUGAUGCUUUUCGCUUUGAGAAUGUCAACGCUUUCACCAACUGCUGCUUCGGUUUCCACCGGUUGGCCAUUGUGGAUCAGCUGUAUGGUAUGCAGCCCCUUAGAGUGAAGAAGUUCCCCUACCUCUGGCUCUGCUACAACGGCGAAAUUUACAACUACAAACUGCUUAAAGAGAAGUUUGAGUUUGACUAUCAGACCAGAAUGGACGGGGAGAUCCUGCUUCACCUGUACGAUCGUUUUGGCAUUGAAAAGAUGAGCUCACUGUUGGACGGCGUGUUUGCCUUCAUCCUGCUGGACACGGCCAAUAGGAAAAUUUUCUUGGGAAGGGACACGUACGGUGUGAGGCCCAUGUUCAAGCUGCUGACUGAUGAUGGCUUCCUCGCUGUCUGCUCAGAGGCCAAAGGCCUAACACAGAUCACACACUCCAUGUCUGAACCAGUAAAGAUCACGCCCUUCCCGCCAGGCCACUUUGAGGAGUUUAAUCUGAAGCUGAAUGGAAAGGUGGAGUCUGUUCAGCUGGAACGUUUUCAUUGCUGCACAGAAGAGCCCAAACAUGCUGAAUAUGAUGAUGCUGAGCAGCUUGGCAAAGGUUUUGCUCUAGAGACAGUGAAGAGCAACAUCAGAAUCCUGUUUGAAAACGCUGUGAGAAAGCGGCUGAUGGCCCACAGAAGAAUUGGCUGCCUCCUCUCAGGUGGACUUGAUUCUAGCCUGGUGGCUGCCACACUUGUCAAGCUGUCCAAGGAGCAGGAGUUGCAGUACCCCAUUCAGACAUUUGCUAUCGGAGCGGAAGACAGUCCAGAUAUCGCUGCUGCGCGCAAGGUAGCAGCACACAUAGGCAGCGAACACCAUGAGGUGAACUUUACCCCAGAGGAGGCUAUCAAGGCUGUAGAGGAAGUCAUCGUCCAUCUGGAGAGUUACGACAUCACCACAGUACGCGCUUCUGUUGGAAUGUAUCUGGUUUCUAAGUAUAUCCGUGAGAAGACGGACAGUGUGGUGAUCUUUUCCGGUGAAGGAUCUGAUGAACUCACACAGGGCUACAUCUACUUUCAUAAGGCUCCAUCACCGAAGGCCGGUGCAGAGGACAGUGUGCGUCUGCUGAAGGAGCUGUAUAUGUUUGAUGUUCUGAGAGCAGAUAGAACUACAGCUGCACACGGACUGGAGCUGAGAGUGCCUUUCCUGGACCACAGGUUCACUGCUUACUAUCUUUCCCUGCCUGAGGAGAUGAGGGCACCUAAGGAUGGUGUGGAGAAGCAUCUUCUGAGGGAAGCAUUCAGUGGGCUGGAUCUGAUUCCAGAUGAGAUACUGUGGAGACGUAAAGAGGCUUUCAGUGAUGGAAUGACCUCUACAAAGAAGUCCUGGUAUUCCUUCCUCCAGGAGAACAUUGAAUCUAAGAUAAAUGACUCACAGUUACAGAAGGCCAAAAAGCAGUUCCCUUAUAACCCCCCUACUACCAAAGAAGGCCUCUUCAUCCGCCAGCUGUUUGAGAAGCAUUACCCCGGGUGCUGUGAAUGGACCACCCACUACUGGAUGCCCCGCUGGAUUAAAGCUACUGACCCCUCUGCCAGAACCCUGUCCAUCUACAAACCAGAAAAGGACCAGUAACCAGGCAGAUUUAGUCAGCAGACUGAACGCAGAACAAUUUUACAACAUUGUAUUGUUCGUUUUUCAUGAUUUUUGUCAUGUCAAUAAAAAACAGCUGCGUUCCAAAGUG